AUGUCAUCCCUCCGCAGUCAAGAACAAAACGACACAACCAUGAACGACGAGGAAGAUGCUCCAAACACUAGAUCCUCUCGUGAAGAUACUCCUCUCUUUUUUCCUUCACCAUCUCGGGAUGAAGACAAUGCUACCACAAGCACCACUACUACCGCCGCCGCCGUUCCCGUCAACAACAACGACGAGUACAACUUUGAGGAAUCUGACGCCAAGUUCGAGCGCGAAAUCUUUAUCUCCUCGUAUGCUCCUUCUGCCUCUGUCCCUAUUGCAGCAUCCUUUUCGUCCGCCGACCUCAAACCCUACCGUGACUGGGACCCACAGACAACGGUCACGGGCACUGCAUCUGGCCCUACCUCGUCUUCGACCGUGAACGAUCUUCAACUGGGAAACUACGCGGUCAAGAGAAAGAGAGAGUGGGGUUCGUCCACUGACACAGACACCUCAGACGAUGGUGGUGCGCUUCUUUCGUCUUUCGCGCGUUCUUCCGGCCUAGCGCCGCGCUCUGCUCCUCCUGCUUGCCAGGGAGUUGAAAUCAUCGUCAUCGAUUCCUCGGACGAUUCCUCCGCCGCUCCCGCUCCGGCCCCGGCUCGCGGUCCUGCCCGUGCUCGCGCGCGCGCUCGUGCCGUGGCUCCUGCCCCCGCCAACGACGACGACGGCGACGAUGGCGACAGCGGCAGCAACACCUCCGACAGCAGCACCACGAGCGGCAGCAGCACGGGGUCUGCCUGGGACCAAACACACGGCAUGAAGCCGUGGCCGGGCAUGACGACCAGACAACAACUAUCCUUGAUGGAUAGACAGAAGUACUUCUAUGGGCAGGAGGGCACGCCGCUCCCUCCCAACCGCCCGUACAAGCCGUCCCCGAACUUGGGCGACGUCGUACGCAAGGCGGAGAAGAGGAAGCGGCGUGCCAAGCGGGCCGCCCUCAAGGCCGCGAAGCGCAAGGCAAUGGCACGCAAGUAG